GUACCCAGGGGCAGUCCAUUCAGACAUGCACUGCGAGAUGUCCGAAGAUGGCACAGGAACAAGCCGGAUGACUGGAGAACGGUCUGGCACCUGAUCAAGUUGAAGUACGGCCGCUACCCGGAUGACAGCUGUGGUCAGAUUCCAUGGAACUGUGCCGUCUCUGCUAUCAUAAACGGUGCUCUUGGAGCUAUGGCCUUCCUGUACGGCGAGGGCGACUUCAAGAAAACAAUGGGCAUCUCCAUUGCCGCAGGCUUCGACUGCGACAACCAGGCAGCCACGCUGGCAGGCUUGCUCGGAGUUAUGCAUGGAGGCAGUGCCAUACCAAAAGACCUCACGCAUCAAAUCGCGGGCAAUGAUUGGGCGGAGCCUUUCAACAACAAGUACGUCAACCAGCGUCGCCCGCCANNUACACCAACUCCGAAAUCAUUGACAAGGUGA